CCCACGAGGUUUUGUCCCUUAACUACCCGCUCACAAUUUUAACUUAUUAUUAACCUCUCAAUCACAGAUUCAUCCCUUCAUGUCGCCUAAGAGAUUUUUCUGAGGCACCCAGCAAAAAUUGAGGUUCAAGUUUCCAAGAUUCGAUUGCUAAUAUGUACUUCAUUGUUUUACCUUUCGGUGCUUGUUUAUGAGCAUCAAUUGCAUUUAUAUCUACGAAGUUUCGUUUUCUUCAGCAUCAAACUCAUAUAAUUUUGAUCCUAUCAGUCUUCAGAUUUUCAAGAAUAAAGACUUUCACCUUUCUUAUAUUUUCCAAAAAUUCAAAUUUCCAUGCAAGAGUCCAGUUUGACGGUUGAAAUAGUGAUUUUCAUCUUUGUUCUUUAAAUAUUUUCAAUUUUCAAGUUAUAAUGCCUGUUUUGUGACCUUAAAUUCUGCCAAGAAAGUUGAAUAGUGAAUUUUGAAUACAAUGGCAAUUGAAUUAUGUUCUGAUAAUCUUACAAGUACGAACGUGAGUCCUAGGAUUUCAUUUUCUCAUGAUUUUUCACAAGCAGAUGUAGUUCCAGUAGAAAAAUAUAUUGAAUCGAGCUCAUCAUCAACUGGUGAUUUUGAUUUCUGUGUAUUCCGGAGAAGCUUUGAUCAAGAAUCUUCCUUGGCCGAUGAUAUUUUCUUGGAUGGAAAGAUUCUUCCAGUUGAAAUCAAGAAAAAAUUGGCAGCUCCACCCAAAAGAGUGGCGGAGCCUCCACUAUCGCCACCACAUCCACCGCCGCAAUAUGAUCACAAGAUUAAUUCUACUUCUAACAAGAAGAGUAUUGGGAACUCAGAAGAAAAGAAAAACAAGUCAUUUUGGCAGUUCAAUCGCAGCAGUUCUUUGAAUUGUGGCGGCAAUGGUGGUGGCCAUGGACGGAGCUUAUGCCCUUUGCCACUUCUAUCCCGGAGUAAUUCAACAGGUUCAGCAACCAGUUCUAAACGAUCAUCAAUAUCAAAAUGUAGUUUGAAUCAUAAGCAUCAGCAAAAGUCUUCAUUAUUCAGUAAUUCGGCAGCGAAGCAAUCACAAUUUUUAUCAUCAUCUGCUUCUCAAUAUCAGAAGCCUCCAUUGAAGAAAAAUAUUCAAGGUUCUUAUGGAAUUAAUCCAGUGUUGAAAGUUCCCACUGCAAGUCUGUUUUGUAUGGGUUCUAUAUUUUCUGGUGACAAAGACAAGAACAAGAGCAAGAAGCUGUGAUUCAAAUUCUUUGUAAUUCUUGAAAUAGUGUGAAGGUUAAUUUGUUUCUCUAGGUUUAACCAUUUUCUCUUUUCUCAGGCCAAGUAAAUAGUGUUAAGGAAUAAAUUCUACAUUCAAUAAAUGUUGGGUUUGUAAUCCAAGUUCAUCUAGAGCUUGCGUAAUAUGGUGUAUUGGGCCUUGAAGACUUCUAAAUAAGAUCCAUGGAGGAAAAAAAGAUUGAUGGCGCUAACUGAACGCUCGAGUGGCGAGAUGGAAUAUUCAGAGGAACUGUCGCCCGCCUACCACUCAAGUUGUGAGCCUGGCGCUCUAGCAUUCAAGCAACACUAUUGUUUGGAUUUUUUUCCACCCAUUUUUUGACCUAAUUUUCAUCUUUACUAUUAUUAUUAUUAGGGUUUCACAUGUACGUCUUUAAAUAGACUUUUUACAAGUUAAUUAAUUACGAGGUUAAAAUUAUU